AUGAUGAAUAAUCCUUCAACUAAAAAAGAAUUGGAUUCCUCUUUUAAUAAAUUACCUCAGAAACUGGGGAAUAAAAAUCGAAGUCUAAGUAAAAGUGGCAAUAAACGCCAAAAUGAUGGAAUGAAUUCAUAUGUUAAAAAUUCUAAAUAUUCUAAAAUAGGAUCUCCAUAUGGGGAUUUGUGGCGUAAAUUUGAUGGCCGCCAAUUAGAUAAUUUAUCAGAUAGGCCAAAUCCUGUAACACAAUAUUCACGUUCUUCUCGUCUUUUUGUUGGCAAUCUUCCUCCAAGUAUGACUGAACAAGAAUUAAAAGAUAUAUUUUCUAAAGUUGGAGAAGCUCGUGAAAUAUAUUUGUCUGGUAAAUCUUUUGCCUUUCUUCGGAUGGAAAAUAAUGGACUUGCUACAAUAGCAAGAACAAUACUUGACGGUACCAUUCAUAAAGGUUUUUCUAUACGUGUUCGUUUUGCACAACAUGCUGCACAAAUUAAAUUGUCUGAGUUAGAUCCUACUGUUUCCAAUCAAAUGUUGUAUCAAUUAUUUUCUGUUUUCGGAGAGGUACAACAUGCUGAACAUUUUUGCAAUGAUAAAAAUGAGGCAACUGGUGAAGGUGUAGUAAUGUUUGAAAAGAGAAAUAGUGCUACGGAUGCUGUAGCUGCUAUUAAUGACUAUGUCUUUAGUUUUACUAAAAAUUUUAAACCUAUUAAGGCUGAACUGGCAACUGACAAUGAGGAUGGCGGUUGGCCAGAAAGAUUGGCUUCUAAAAAGCGCAACCUUCUUGACGGUAAACUAAUGGGACCAUUAGUAGCUAAGUCUAAUUCUUUUGAAGAAAAUAUAGGACGUAAAUGGAAAGAACUUUAUGAGAUUGAGAAGAAACGUCGAGUUGCUUUUGAAGCCGAACUAAAGGCUGAACGUGAGAAAUUUGAAAAUGAGAUUGAUUUCCAAAUUCAGGAAUAUGAAGCAAAUCGAAUUAGAGAAGAUAUUAGAUUACGUCAAGAACAAUUGGAAAAGUAUGAAGCUUCAAGGAGAGAACGUUUUAAUAGACAUCCAAAUGACAUUGGUCCCGUUGGACCACAAAUAUCAAAUGAAUCAUUUGAACAAGUUGGAAAUUUCACAAAUAGGCAACAUUACAAUGAGCCUCCAUUCAACAAUAAUUCUGGAUUUAAUACUAUGCAAAACCAGAUGAUUAGGCCACCAGAUAAUUUUAAUGAAGGUUAUUUUCAUGGUGGACAAAAUUUUGGACCACCUCAAGGUUUUGGGGAUAAUCAAUAUAGAAAUAACCAAGGUCCACCACCUUGUAAUUUAAAUGCAUCUUUUGGUCCACCAAGUGGUAUGGAUCACCAAGGAUCACAAUUUAGAAACUUUAUGGGUGGACCUGAUUCAUUCAACAAUCCUUCUUUUCCUGGUGAUCAAUUUCCUAACAAUCAUUCAAUGAUGUUUAAUGGGCCAAUGAAUGGACCACCAAUGAGAGGACCAAAUGACAGAAAAUUUACAUCUAAUCAAAGAAAUUUAAGUAACAAAAUAAUCAAUUUAAAUUAUGUUUCAAUGAAUUAA